ACUUCAACUUGUCAGCAAACGGUGGGGGGAGGGGAUCAACAAAUGGCAGUCAUAUUUUUGAAGCUGAAAUAAUGCGCUAGAUCUUUUAUUGGGGUUUUUACCUCGCGGAAGAUUCUCUAAUAGAUGUCCACCCCCAACGAGCCACCGGUUGGAAUGUCUCAUUCUGGUCCCUCACCAGGUGCUGGCCUGUCUCCUGGACCCAUUUUAGGGCCUAGCCCUGGACCUGGCCCCUCUCCUGGCUCUGUACACAGCAUGAUGGGCCCCAGCCCAGGGCCGCCAAGUGUCCCCCUUGCUAUGCAGGGACAAGGUAGCGGUGAUUAUUCUCAGGACAGCGUGCACCCAAUGCAUAAGCCCAUGGAGGGAAUGCAUGAGAAGGGGAUGGGGGAAGAUAUGCAUUAUGGACAGAUGAAAGGGGUGGGGAUGAGAUCCCUGCACAGCGGCAUGGGUCCUCCACAAAGCCCUAUGGAUCAACACAGUCAAGGAUACAUGUCCCCUCAUCCCUCGCCAAUGGCCCAGGUGUCUGAGCAUGUGCAUAGCCCAAUAUCAGGGGGAGGACCAACCCCGCCGCAAAUGCCUCAGGGUCAGUCAGGCCCCAUGAUGCCCGUGGAUCCCCAGGGAAUGGGACAGCAGGCCAGGGGGCAGUCUCCCUUCAGCCCAGCCCAGCUACAGCAACUCAGGGCUCAGAUCCUGGCAUACAAGAUCCUGGGCCGUGGUCAGCCUCUGCCUGAGAAUCUGCAGUUGGCUCUGCAGGGCAAGAGGAGCCUUCCCACGAUGCAGCAGCAGCCGCCUGUCAACAGUGGGGCCUACAACAGACCUCCAGGUAUGCCAAUGCCUCAUGGAGGGCCUGCCAGUGGCCCUUGUCCUACUCCAGGAAUGCAGACCUAUAGCCAGAGUUCUGGCCCAAAACCAUGGCCUGAGGGUCAAGGUGCAGAGACCUCUAGCGUCCCACAGAAGCUGCCGGUCCCAGCUCCCAGUGGCAGACCCUCUCCAGCCCCUCCACUGGCUCCUACUGCCACCCAACCUGUCCCAAGCACUUCCCUCACUUCACAACCCCAAAUUCAGCUGCAGCCAGGACCAGGCCAGCCCUCUCUCAUCAUUCAGCUCCAGCAGAAGCAAAAUCGCAUCACCCCCAUUCAAAAACCUCAGGGUCUGGAUCCGGUGGACCUCCUACAGGAGAGGGAGUACCGACUUCAGGCCAGGAUUGCUCACAGAAUUCAGCAGCUGGAGAAUCUUCCCGGUUCGUUGCCACCUGAUUUGCGUACUAAAGCUACUGUGGAGCUGAAGGCUUUGAGACUGCUCAAUUUCCAGCGGCAGCUGAGGCUGGAUGUUGUAGCCUGCAUGCGCAGGGACACGACCCUGGAGACCGCUCUGAACUCCAAGGCUUACAAGCGCAGCAAGAGACAGACGCUGAGAGAGGCUCGCAUGACAGAGAAACUAGAGAAACAACAGAAGAUUGAACAGGAAAGAAAGCGCAGACAGAAACACCAGGAGUAUCUCAACAGCAUCCUGCAGCAUGCAAAGGACUUCAAAGAAUAUCACAGGUCCAUCUCUGGAAAAAUCCAGAAGCUCACUAAGGCCAUCGCAACCUGGCACACCAACACAGAGAGAGAACAGAAAAAAGAGACAGAACGAAUUGAAAAGGAGAGAAUGAGGAGACUGAUGGCUGAGGAUGAAGAGGGUUACAGGAAGCUGAUUGAUCAGAAGAAGGACAAACGUCUGGCCUACCUCCUUCAACAGACAGACGAAUAUGUGGCCAACCUCACCGAACUUGUCUAUGAGCACAAGGCAGCACAGGCUGCCAAGGAGAAGAAAAGAAAGCGAAAGAAGAAGAAGAAGGAAGCUGGUGACGCAGAAGCAAUGGGGUCCAUUGGACCUGAUGGAGAACCCAUAGAUGAGAGCAGCCAGAUGAGUGAGCUACCAGUCAAAGUCAUUCAGACUGAGACGGGGAAAGUGCUACAGGGGUCAGAUGCCCCCAAGUCCAGUCAGUUGGAGGCUUGGCUCGAGAUGAACCCUGGCUAUGAAGUUGCUCCACGCUCAGACAGCGAAGAGAGCGGCUCAGAGUUUGAAGAGGAGGAUGAGGAAGAGGUGGUCUCUAGAGCUGAAUCGGAGGAAAAGAAAGCCAUCGAUCCCAACGGUGAUGAAGUGUCUGAGACAGCGGCCAAGCACAUCAUAGAGUCUGCUAAACAGGAUGUGGACGAUGAGUACAGUGUUCAGGCAGGACAGACCAGCUCUCAGUCUUAUUAUGGAGUCGCCCACGCCGUCAUAGAGAGAGUGGAUAAUCAGUCAUCUCUUCUGAUCAAUGGAACUCUCAAACAUUACCAGAUCCAGGGUCUGGAAUGGAUGGUGUCUCUGUACAACAACAACCUGAACGGUAUUCUGGCUGAUGAGAUGGGCCUGGGAAAGACCAUUCAAACUAUCGCCCUUCUCACUUAUCUGAUGGAGCACAAGAGGCUCAAUGGGCCGUACCUCAUCAUCGUACCGCUCUCGACUUUGUCCAACUGGGUUUAUGAACUGGACAAAUGGGCACCAAGUAUUGUGAAAAUUUCCUACAAGGGCACACCAUCCAUGCGGAGGAAUUUCGUGCCUCAGCUCCGCAGUGGGAAGUUCAAUGUUCUUCUUACCACCUAUGAGUACAUCAUUAAAGACAAGCACAUUCUAGCCAAGAUUCGCUGGAAGUAUAUGAUUGUGGAUGAAGGUCACCGCAUGAAGAACCAUCACUGCAAGCUCACACAGGUGUUAAACACCCACUAUGUGGCUCCCAGGAGGCUUUUGCUCACGGGGACGCCUCUGCAGAACAAGCUACCCGAGCUUUGGGCUCUCCUCAACUUCCUGUUGCCCACUAUCUUCAAAAGCUGCAGCACCUUUGAACAGUGGUUCAAUGCUCCCUUUGCCAUGACAGGAGAGAGGGUGGAUCUGAACGAAGAGGAGACCAUCCUUAUCAUUCGUCGCUUGCAUAAGGUGCUGCGUCCUUUUCUGCUGCGCCGACUGAAGAAAGAAGUGGAGUCUCAGUUACCUGAGAAGGUGGAGUAUGUCAUCAAAUGUGACAUGUCGGCCAUCCAGAAGGUUCUUUACCGGCACAUGCAGGGCAAAGGCAUCCUGCUCACUGAUGGCUCAGAGAAAGACAAGAAGGGUAAAGGAGGAGCCAAGACUUUAAUGAACACCAUAAUGCAGCUGAAGAAGAUCUGUAACCAUCCCUACAUGUUCCAGCACAUUGAGGAAUCCUUUGCUGAGCACUUGGGAUAUCCAAAUGGCAUUAUCAAUGGCCCUGACCUGUACCGUGCCUCUGGCAAGUUCGAGUUACUGGAUCGAAUCCUGCCAAAGCUAAAGGCCACCAAUCACAGAGUGCUUCUCUUCUGUCAGAUGACGUCGCUUAUGACCAUCAUGGAGGACUACUUUGCCUAUCGCAACUUUCUUUACUUGCGCCUGGAUGGAACCACAAAGUCGGAGGACCGAGCGUUACUUUUAAAGAAGUUCAACGAAGAAGGUUCGCAGUAUUUCAUCUUUCUGCUGAGCACCAGGGCAGGAGGUCUGGGUCUUAACUUGCAGGCUGCAGACACCGUUGUGAUCUUUGACAGUGACUGGAACCCCCACCAGGACUUGCAGGCCCAGGACCGAGCCCACCGUAUCGGCCAGCAGAACGAAGUGCGCGUGCUGCGUCUUUGCACCGUGAACAGCGUGGAGGAGAAGAUUCUAGCAGCGGCCAAGUAUAAACUAAAUGUAGAUCAGAAGGUCAUUCAGGCCGGCAUGUUUGAUCAGAAGUCUUCCAGCCACGAGCGCAGAGCUUUCCUACAAGCUGUUCUGGAGCAUGAAGAACAGAACGAGGAGGAGGAUGAAGUUCCAGAUGAUGAAACUCUCAAUCAAAUGAUUGCCCGUAGUGAGGAAGAAUUUGAGCUCUUCAUGCGAAUGGAUUUAGACCGCCGUCGAGAGGAUGCACGCAACCCAAAGCGUAAACCUCGGCUAAUGGAGGAAGACGAGUUGCCAUCUUGGAUCCUGAAAGAUGAUGCGGAGGUGGAACGCCUGACCUGCGAGGAAGACGAGGACAAGAUCUUCGGCCGGGGAUCCCGCCACCGCAGAGAUGUCGACUACAGUGACGCGUUAACCGAGAAGCAGUGGCUGAGGGCCAUUGAAGAUGGAAACCUGGAGGAAAUUGAGGAGGAGAUACGCCUAAAGAAGUGCAAGCGUAGGAGACGCGUGGACAAAGAAAGCAGCAGGCGUGAGGACGGAGAGAAGGCCAAGAAAAGGAGAGGACGGCCUCCAGCAGAGAAGCUGUCCCCAAACCCACCCAAACUCACAAAACAGAUGAACGCCAUUGUAGAUACUGUCAUCAACUACAGAGAUGCAUCAGGCCGUCAGCUCAGCGAGGUCUUCGUGCAGCUGCCUUCUAGGAAAGAGCUCCCUGAAUACUAUGAACUGAUAAGGAAGCCAGUGGACUUCAAGAAAAUAAAGGAGCGUGUACGUAACCACAAGCACAGAAGCGUCAGCGACCUGGAGAAAGACGUGAUGCUUCUUUGUCACAAUGCACAGAUUUAUAAUCUGGAGGGCUCGCAGAUCUAUGAGGACUCCAUUGUUCUCCAGUCAGUAUUCAAGAGUGCCAGACAAAAGAUUGCUAAAGAGGAGAGUGAAGAUGACAGCGAUGAUGAUGAGGAUGAUGACGAUGAUGAUGAUGACGAAUCAGAAACAGAGUGUAAGUCUAAAUCAGUUAAGGUGAAAAUUAAGCUUCGUAAACGAGACGAGAGAAGUCGUGACAAAGGCAAGAAGAGGCAGAGUCGUGGGAAGGCUAAACCCGUAGUCAGCGAUGAUGACAGCGAUGAAGACCUGGAGGAGAAUUACAAGAGAAAAAUGAGCAGUCAGAGGGGAGCCACAGCGAUGACGAGUGAAAUGGAGAUGAGCUGAUUACCAGCGUUACUUUCACACCUCUAUUUCCCUACUUAUAUUAUUCUGUACUUCACCUGAGGCUUGCUGUAAGACUGAUUGUUUUGUAUCUUCUGUUAUAUUCUAUGGAUACACACUUUGUCUUGUGUUGUUCUCCCACUGAAUGUUGUCAUCUGAGAAAUAAUCAACAGUGAGAAAACAUCUUGUUUUGAACAAGUUUUUGGCACCUUUUAGCAUAUUGCAUGGUUAUUCUGAAACUUUUAUGGAUUACUGCUACAGUAUGUGCUUGUACAUAAUUUACAUUUAUCGACUGUUUUAGAAACAAAAUCAAAAGAUUAAAAAAAAGUUGCAACAAAGGACUACAUAUAUAAGCUACAUUUUUUUAACCUGACGGUCUAGCUUCUUUAGUUUUAUUUGUAAGCAUAUGAGCGUCUUCGAGUGUUACAGUGAAGUCCUCAUUGCAUUUCAUACUGUCUUGAUUAAACCAUCUAAAACAGUGAUUUCUGUAUUGUAUUGCAUGCAGCACCAAAGCCAGACGAGAUUACAAUGUAUUUGACGUUUUGUAUGAUAUCCAGAGAUGCGACAAAUCUCCUCACUGCUGCGGUCACUUUGGUGUCUUUUCAUCAACUGGUUUUGACCUUUUGGAAGAUAAACGCAAAUGCACAUUUGUUGCAGUUUCAUAAAAAAACUAUAAUAUUUGAAUGUUGAUGUAGACAUUGCAUCCAGUAUUUCACAGCAUAUUGCAUAUCAGAUGAGCUUAUCUUGGCUGCCUUUGCCUGUAUGGAUAUGUUUUCAUUUUACAAGUGUUUUUAGAGAAGUGGGGCGUUUUAAAAAAUCAAAAUCCAUUAUAUCGUAUUGAUAGUGAUGUUUUUUUUUUUUUUACCAUUUACUCGUUAUUUUUGACAGUGUGAACUGCUUUUGGUCUAUUCCCAGUUUGCCAUCGGUCAUUUCUGACACAUUUUAUAUGUGCUGUGUGCUUGGUAUGUAUUCUACAGUGUCAUAAUAUUUGCUGUUACUACACACUGCCUUUGUGGUUGUAGCCCAAAGUAAAUAAAUAACACCUAUGAUGAAUUUUCUCUUACCAGUUUUUUUCUGUUGGCUGUAGUGCUUGACUACUGAUGAGCUUGAAAGGUUUGCAGUAUCUUUGUUUCAUAAUCGUAAUGUUCAUAGCUCCCUUUGGAAUGAAAGCUGAUUGUCACCUGUGAAAUUUACUUCAUUCUAAUAAAAAACAGCAAAUAAGAGACAUGUCCCUUUGUCAAGGGAGACUUGAGGGAUAACUUAACACUUUUUAGGGUGUGUUUACAUGAUUAUGAUGUAGUGGGAAAGUUUGUCCUUUGCAAUCCUCAAAAAUGAGUAAAAACACUGUGUGACGAGAGAGGCGGGACGAGAGCCGUGAGUGAACGAAGCGAGGCCGGUGGCGCGAGUGAUAAUGAGUGUCAGUUGUGCGUUACACCGGUCUCGCAUCUCUCACGGAGGAGCUCCAGAAGCAUAAGAGGAGGAGCGACAGGAAGGCACAACGAGAGAGGACCAGGCCUGGACAUUAUGUGUUUUAGUUAUGUUUGUGUAGCCGGCAGUAGACCGCGAAGUGGCUGCCGGCCUUUUACUUUGGUUUGGUUGUUUGUUUAUUGUAUUAAAAAGUUUAUUUAAUGUU